ACUUCCCCUCGUUUUCCUUUUUUUUUUCUCCUCCUCAAACUGGUUCAACUGUCAGUCGAAAGUCAUCAUCAUCAUUCCCGGAGCCAGGUCUGGGCCAGAAUUGAUCUAGUCCAGGUCCUGAAGCUGGACAUCCUCUGGACCAUCUUGAAACGUCCUUCCCUUCUUCCAUCCACCUCUUUCCUCCCGCGUGCUGAUCUAACAUGCCGCCUCUCAGGAUGCUGCAUCUCCUAAUGCUCAUGGUUUUGCUAUGUGAUGCGGACGGCACAUGCCCCACAGAACACAACCCUCUCGUCCUGGAUCCCUCUGAGGUGAUAUCAGAAUAUGGAAGCGAGGUCUUUCUAAACUGCAGCAGCUCACAUGAGGAUCAUGACGGGAUGUACUGGUCAAACGCAGAGUCUGAAAUGACAGUAGAUGACACGUUUAUCCCUUGGACAGUGACACUGUCAGACUGGAACGUAACGGCUAAGUGCAUCAUAAAGAUGAAUGCCUCAUUUGAAUGCAGUAAAGACCUCGAGAUUACUUUAUACAAGAAUCCAGACAUGGUUUCCCUGUUUCCUUUGAGUUAUAGUGUGGAGGAGACACAGUAUGUUCUGCAGUGUGAUGUCCACGAUGUUGCUCCUGUUCAGAACCUGACUGUGAAGUGGUACAAAGACAACGAGAUGAUCAGGACAGAGUCUUUCCCCAACAGAUCCAAAACGCCAGUGACCGAAUCCCUUCAAUUGAUUGCCAACGUCAGCAGAGGAGACACCGGAGCCAAGUUUCGAUGUGAGGCUCAGCUGGACUUCGGGCCAAAUGGGCCAAAACUUCCCAUUAUUUCUGACACAGUAGUUAUCUUCGCGCAAUAUGCUCCUGAGUUAAGCGACAACACCACUGAUGUCUACAUGUUUUUGACGGAGGGUGAUAAUGUCACCCUGAGCUGUGACGCUGAGGGUAACCCUCCUCCCCACUUUCACUGGACCCAUGAUGGGGUGAAUAUGAUGGAGAACACAAUGAAUCUCAGUGUUACUCAAGUAAACGUCAGCGCAAAUUACACCUGCACAGCCUCCAAUCGUCUGGGAAGAACAAAUAAGUCCAUUUUUAUCCAUGUGAUAAAAGAUGUCAUGGGAGUACCUGCUGUGGCCGUGACCACCCCUGUGCCACGAAAGGUUUGCCCCCUGACGCUGACACCUGGUGAAGUUGUGGUGAGAUUUGGCGACAGAGCUUCAGUUAACUGCAGCACAUCAGCCACAGAUGUUUCAGGAAUUGGUUGGGAGGCUUCAGUCGGAGGCACAGGGUCUGAAAACCCUCCAUCUGUCACCUGGACGGUUGAGAAACUUCAAGACUGGUCCUUAAAACCUAAAUGCUACAUUACUCUGAGAAAUAAUCACCAGUGUUUUGUAGAGCCAAACAUCAAGCUCUAUAAGACUCCAGAUGUCGUGUCGGUCUCAGCGGGGACUCAAGGUCCCAUGGUGGAGGGCGUCCAGUACCUGCUGAGAUGUGACAUCAUCAGUGUGGCUCCUGUGCUGAACCUCAGGGUGACGUGGUCCAUGGGCGAGGAAAACUAUGACGAGGAGAUGUUCAACGACACCAGCGUGACCCCAGUCAACAAGACCUCUCUUUUGAGAGUGACACCUACGAGAGAUCACAACGGAGCACUUUUCAGAUGCCACGCUGAGCUGCUCCUGGGACCAAAGGGACCAAACACCAUUCCCACAAUAUCCUCAGAGCCUUACACCGCUGUUGUGCACUAUAAGCCAAUGAUGCAAGAUUGUCCGACCCAUUUCAAUGGAGUGGAGCAUUACUUCAAACUGGAAAUGUUGCCCUGUAAAGCUGAUGGGAACCCUCCACCCACUGUUCUCUGGUACUGUGAGGGAAAACUGAUCAAUCCGUCUGAGCCUCUCUCCAGGGCUCAUUCAGGAAAAUACACAGCAGCAGUCUCUAAUGAGCUCUCCUCGACCAACACGUCUGUUGAUAUCACAUUUGAAUAUGGCCCUUCAUUUACCUGUGAUGAUCGCUAUGAGGUCAGAGAGAAUGGAAAGGUCAGAAUGGAGUGCGAACCCGAGGGAAAACCUGCACCCAUCAUCACCUGGCUUAAAGAUGGCGAAGUGAUGGUUUUCCCACAACGCUGGACAAAGCGCGAUAGUGGAAAAUACGUCCUCAGAGCAGCCAACCCACACGGAACAGCCAACCGCACACUAUAUCUUGAUGUUUUGUUUGCCCCUGAGUUCAGGGAGGGGAACUACAGUCAGGAGGUGACCCCGGGACAAAAUGUGACUUUUGCCUGCAGCGCUGAGGGAAACCCUGUCCCUGAGAUCCAGUGGAACCUCCCCGCUGUCGAGAAUGUGAGGGAGACCACUGGAGGGCGCCAGAAGAACGUCAGUGUCACAGGAGCCACGUCUACCAAUGCUGGUGUUUACAUCUGCGUUGCCACGAAUAAAGUUGGGAGCGUGUCAAGAUCUGUCACACUGAGGAUGAGAGGUAGAGGGGACCUACUCAGAGGACGCUCGCUGUCAAUCAUUUGGUGGUUGCUGAUUCUGUGCUUCCUCACCCUCCUCCUCAUCGUCAUGAUCACUCUCUGCAAACGUCGUAAGAAACAUGGACAAUAUAGCUUUAUUUCUCCAGCCGAGGAAGGUUCAGGUAUUCCUUUGACUGAAACGUCUGGUGGGGACAAAGCUUAGGAUAUUUACUCAUUGCUGAAUAUUGUGAGAAAUCAGGCUGGGGGCAAGAAUGGCAUGUAAAUACUGUACUUUAAUGUUUACCCCUGUAUGGUACUGACCUGCAUCAGCUUACACCUCUAAUGUCAUUUGGAGGUUUCCAAAUCAUGCUACUGACAGUGUUUUGUGAGUUUUUUUUAUUUUUUCAAAUUUUCUUCCAAUGUGUUGUGCUUCUAUUUCUCAUAUCUUCCUUUUAGUGAGAGCAAAACCUUUGCCAUCCUUGCGGUUUCACUUUUUCUUGCUUUCACAAUUCAGCCUCUGCAAUUUUGAAUCUUGAAAACAAUAAAACUGAUUUUUGGUUUGUUUUGAA